AUGGAUGUUUCGGAUCGUAAACUUGUCAUAUUGACAGGUGCUAAUUCUGGGCUCGGCUUCGAAGUUUUUAAACAACUACUAAGCCAACAAACACCAUACCACAUAAUCUUAGCAGUACGUAACAUUCAUCAAACCGAAACAAAGAUCAAGUCCAUUGUUCCUUCACAACAUUUAGUGGAAAUUCUUAAGCUUGAUUUAUCCUCAUUAACAUCCGUAAAAUCAUUUGCUCAAAGUAUUCUAUCUCGAAAACCACAACUUCAUGUAAACAUCUUAAUCUUGAAUGCUGGUGUUGUAAAGGCCACUCUGACUAAAACAGAAGAUGGUUUUGAACAGACAUUUCAGGUCAAUCAUCUUGCGAAUGUUAUUUUAGUCUAUGAAUUACUUCCUAGAUUGAUUGAAUCGGGGCCGGAUUCGAGAAUUAUUUUAGUUAAUAGUGCGUUACAUAAACCCGGCAUUGGAGCGAAAGAACAUGGAGAAAAUCGACCAAUAAUGGAUAUUGAAAAUUUAGAUGGGUCAAAAAUGUAUUCUCCUUUGUUAUUCUAUAGGAAUUCAAAGUUGGCACAAGUAUUUUUUGGAUAUUAUUUGGAUAAAUUAUUGAAUAAGAAAGGUGAGAAGGAAAGAAAAGUUGACGUUUUAAUAGUUGGACCGGGAUUCUGCCCUACAACAGGGUUAGCAAGGGAAAGCGGAAUUUUUACCCAAUUAUUUCUUAAAUAUAUUAUGUCGUGGGCGCCAUUUACCAAGACACCCGAACAGGGUGGAACUGUAAUCACUUAUGCUGCCACUUCGCCAGAACUUAAAAAUAAAAGUGGAAUUUAUAUUAAUCAGUCUUGCCAAAUCGACAAAUCCAGUGAUGAAAGCUAUGAUGAAGAAAAGCAAAAAUUCUGGUGGAAAACUAGUUGUGAUUUACUUGGGAUUGAAGAAGAUUGGAGUGGU